UUUGGGUCAGGUAUCAGCAGGUUACCUGAGUUUCUGAACCCCAUAUAGGUAAAAGGAUUUUGGUGUCUCUGGCCAGGAGGGAUUUUAGAGUAUUGUACACAGGAGGGCUGUUCCCUUCCCUUCAUAGUUAUGACAAGCCCAUUGGCUGAACUCUCACUUCCACCACUAGGGCUGAUGGCACAUGGCCCAGCUGGCGACAGGGUGGCUCUCACCACCAGGCAUCACUUCCCAUUUCUAUUUCUGGGCCAGGGCUGCUGUCAGAGGGAGGCUCUAACCCAGCAGGCUGCUGAAAGGACCCACAGGCCAGUGAUCAGGGGCUCAGCUCAGCGUGAAGGCAGGAAAAUGUCGAGGGAGAAUAUCUGUGACAACAUGGAGUUGGCAGAAGCUGCUCCCUGGCCCAAAGGAAACUGUUGCGAAACAUCGGUCCCUUGGCGGCACAGGGGGCGGGGCAUCGUCACUCCUGUCCUUCUCCUCCUGGGGUUGGCCCUGGCCACGUCCCUCCUUGCUGUGACGCUUCUAUAUCUCCGGGCACAGAGCAAGCUGCAAGCGGUUGAAGAAGCGGUGCAGAAGCUCCAGGUCUCUCUGCCGCCUGACAACGCCUCGGACGUGUCAGCAAAGGGAUCGGACAGUAAGUCGCAGGACGAGGGUCUUAGGCAUCAAGAUCUGCAGCUAUUGGAUGAAGCACAGGCAGGAGUCCAGAUGCUGAAAGACCUGCUGGGUAAUGUCAGUGCAGAUCCAGUGCAGAUCAAGAUCCGGCUGGACAUCAGUGCAGCGCGACCAGCAGUGAAAGAUUGCUGCAGUGACGUGCUGACAAAGCUCUCCAGGGGCUGGAGGUUUUACGGUGGGAACCUCUAUUACUUUUCACAAGGAAGGAAGUCGUGGGAAGAGGCUGAGCGGUAUUGUGUGUCUCAGGACUCGCACCUGACCUCUGUCUCCUCCCAGGCAGAACAGGAGUUUCUCACCAAGGAGACCAAGGGACAAAAUUACUGGAUUGGACUCAUCGACCGGGAGACAGAAGGCAGCUGGCGCUGGGCGGAUGGCACAGAUUACAGAGCAGACGCAAGCAGGGGGUUCUGGGAGGAGAAUCAGCCAGACAACUGGCAUCAGGAGACAGAAGGCAGCGAAGACUGUGUUGAGACCCGCUCAAUGGAGCUGAAGUCGUGGAAUGAUUCCAACUGCUCUCUGCCUUCUAGGUGGAUUUGUAAGCAGGCCCAUAGACAGGCUGGGCUGUGACAUGCAGGUCUCAGCAGCUCAGAAAGCCACCUUAAUUUCCAAGCUAGAAUAUUUCCCCGCCACCUGCCGAUGAGGAGCCCUGGGCACUGGAGGGGGCCACAUGGCAUGUGCAUUGCAGGGAUGCUUUGUCUUGGUGUGAUAUUUCUGGCUUUAGCACAGACAGCUGCCCUUAUGCUGCUCAGCGUGGCUGGCUCUGUAAUUUGUAUGUUUCCAGGUCUGUCACUGAAUAAUUCCUUGGAUCAUGUUGUACAGAUAAAACUACACAGGAUCUUUUCAGGGAGCAAGACAAAGAUGCCACAUUUGUUAUGAUAACAAUUUGAUUUAUGA